UAGCAUCAACACACAUACUCUUCUCUUUGUGAUAUAUUAUUUAAUGGCAUCUCACGGAGACAUAAUCACCAUCCUUAGCAUUGAUGGAGGUGGAAUCAAAGGAAUCAUACCAGGAAUCGUCCUUGCCUUCUUGGAGUCUGAGAUUCAGAAAUUGGAUGGGGAGGAUGCAAGACUUGCAGACUAUUUUGAUGUGAUAACUGGAACAAGUACUGGUGGACUUGUGACUGCUAUGCUAACUGCCCCUAAUGAGAAAAACCGACCUAUGUUUGCUGCAAAGGAUAUCAAGGAUUUCUAUCUUGAAAACUGCCCUAAAAUCUUCCCCCAAGACGGUGGAUUCUUUGGCAAUUCAGCAAGAACUGUCAAAUCUCUAACGGGCCCGAAAUAUGAUGGCAAAUAUCUACACGAGAUUAUCAAGGAAAAAUUAGGAGACGUUAAAUUACACCAGACCUUGACAAAUGUUGUUAUUCCGGCUUUUGACAUCAAGAUUUUGCAGCCAGCCAUCUUCUCUACCUUCCAGGUGAAAAACGACGCGUACCCAUUGAAAGAUGCUCUUCUAUCAGAUAUAUGCAUCGCAACCUCAGCUGCUCCCACUUAUCUUCCCGCGUAUUAUUUCAAAACCCAAGACUCCAACGGAGGGGAGAAGGAAUACAAUCUUGUUGAUGGUGGUGUUGCUGCUAACAAUCCGACUUUGAUUGCUAUUAGUGAAAUAACAAAGGAAAUAACAAAGGGAAAUGCUCAAUUGAAGCACGUAGCAGCAACCGAUUAUGGUCAAUUCCUAGUGGUAUCAUUAGGAACUGGAACAGCAAGGAAUGAAGAGAAGUACAAUGCCCAAGAGGCAGCUCAUUGGGGCAUAAUAAGUUGGUUGACUGCUUACGAUUCAAGUCCUUUGAUCGAAAUUUUUGGUGAAUCUAGCAGCGACCUCGUUGACUAUCACGUUUCCACCAUAUUCCAAGCCAAACACAACAAAGAAGGUUAUCUUCGCAUUCAGGAGGAUGAUUUAAAAGGAGAUACGACUCAGAUGGACCUUGCAACCAAAGAAAACUUGAAUAAUCUUGUAAAGAUUGGUGAAAAGCUGUUGAAGAAAACAGUGACAAGGGUCAAUAUUGAGACUGGUGAACAAGAACCUGUUGGUCAGAUUACUAAUGAAGAGGCUCUCAAAAUGGUGGCAAAGUUGCUGUCAAGGGAGAAGCAACUUCGUGACAUAAGGAAGCCGACUGCCACAGUCGCAAAUUCCAAGUGAAGAUCAGCAAUAUUAUCAUCACAAGCUAGCCACUACUCUUUGUUUGAGUAAUAAGCUUUGGUUAAUUUCGAAAAUAAAAGCUGUCUUUCAUGCUUCUGUGUUGAAUAAAUUUGGCUACCUUCAAGUAUGUUAUUUGAUGUAAGAGUUUGUUUUGCUGAAUAAAAGUACUUUUUUAUUUAAUUUACUGGAGCAAUGGUGUAACUUAUCUUCUACUUAUUAUAUUGUA